CUGACAGCUCUGGAAUACACAUCACGCGAGCCACAUGUGUCUGUACAUUCCGCAAUUUCUCUUUUUCAUAUAUAGAUAGUAAAUGAAUUCCUUAAACACAAAACAGUACACGACAAUAGUGAUACUGCAAAAUGUUCUGCUGCUUUUUGACAUUUGCGUGAAUUCGUUUGCGAGCUUCGCCCGACAACAUCCGUCGGACAUGCUGAUACUUUACGUGAUUCAAGAUUUCUGUCUUGUCAUAGCUCUCACUCUCCUCUUGAUAAGCUUCUUCUCCACUUACAUUUUUCAGGCAGGAUUGAUACAACUGCUGUAUACAAAAUUCCGUAUGACAUUAGUUUUGUGUAUUGUAUACAUGAUACUAUCCAUUAGUUUGCACGUGUGGCACAUCACCGUACAUUGGUCAGUGCCAUUGAAAUAUUACUGGACAAAAGGAUUUUACGCUCUCUAUUCUAUGCAGAGAACAGUUGCAGUAUUGUACUAUUACUUUUAUAAGAGAGCCUCUCUGAGGAUUGCUGAUCCGAGAUUUGACAGAGGUUCUGCCUGGAUACGAAAGCAAUUGAAUAUACCAUAACUAUAAAUACAUUGAAAUAACAUUGAAUACACAAUAUUAAAUUGUGUAAUGUAUAUACGAAAGGGAUAAAAAGUUACAGAGGUUUGAUAAAACAGAUGUAAGAGAGAGAAAGAAAGAGAGAGAACGUUUGUUUAUAUUUCAAAUGUGUGACAGAGAAGCGUUUGAGCCUUUACACAUGAAGUUGCAUCAAUAAUGUGCCUCAAUAAUAUUCUAACGAUGAAAUGUACAACUUCGUGCAUACAAGCAUUAACGUCUCUAUUUGUAUGCACAAUUUCAGGUUGUUUAUACAAUGCUUGUAGGUUUGUACAAAUUUGUAGAAUUUUACUUAAACAAAGUAAUAAGAUAUGAGUUUUUAUAUCGAAAACAUUAAUAGUUUUUUUUUCUAACUUUUGUAUAUUGUACAAAUAUUUUACACUUACAUACACAUGUAAAAAGUUCCUAUUACAAAGUAUCUUUAUACAACUUUUUAGUUUUAUCUUUUGUCUUUAAGAACAAGACAAUAUCAAUGGCAAUUU